CUCCAUCAUAAUGCAUAAGCUUUUUUCUACUUGUGAGAAAAUUUAAAACAACAUUACAUUAUGAUUAUUGGUUUUGGAAAGCUUCACUGUGUUACUCAAGGAUAGAACGGUGUGUUUGAAAAGCUAGAAAAGUAUCUAACAGUGGAUAGAUAAUCAUAAUCUUUGAAACCAUGUAGAUGCUACUGGAGGCGCUACAUACCUUUGAAGAUCUGAAGAAGAUGAAAGAGUUUGAUCAUUCGGUACAGAAGUCAAGUUUCAACUUCAAGGCUAGAAUGGUGCAAAAGAUUUAAAAACUAUGCAAGACAGCAUCAUUUGAAGAUCACAGAGGAAGCGGCUUCUUGGUCUUCGCAAACUGUGAGUAACUAAGUGGUUUCUGGAUCAUUCCGGUAGCAAAGCUAAAAUUCCCAGUGAUCUUGUCUACUUGACCUACUCAUUCUCUGUUCUGAAAUCAAGAGAAGACUACUCCAUAAGACUCCUCCAUAAAUUGCUGCAAUGUCUGUAUCUAAUUUAUCAUGGUUGAAGAAAAAGUCCCAGUCAGUGGAUAUUACUGCUCCAGGGUUCAACCCUUUGGCUGGUGCAGGAAAGCAAAUACCACAAGCCAGUAAGCCCCCUGCACCCAAGACGCCCAUCAUUGAAGAAGAACAGAACAACGCAACUAAUACCCAGAAGCAUCCUUCCCGGAGGAGUGAACUGAAGAGGUUCUACACCAUUGACACUGGCCAAAAGAAGACCCUAGACAAGAAAGAUGGGAGACGAAUGUCUUUUCAGAAACCUAAAGGGACUAUUGAGUAUACUGUUGAAUCAAGGGAUUCUUUGAAUAGUAUAGCCCUGAAAUUUGAUACAACGCCCAACGAACUUGUUCAAUUGAAUAAGUUAUUCUCCCGAGCAGUUGUUACUGGACAGGUUUUGUAUGUUCCUGAUCCUGAAUAUGUCUCCAGUGUUGAGAGUUCUCCAUCUCUAAGCCCCAUAAGUCCUCUGUCACCAACAUCGUCUGAGGCUGAAUUUGAUAAGACCACUACUCCUGAUGUACUUCACCUGAAAGAAGCAACUCCCUCAUCUACUUUUACUGGUAUUCGACCUGCCCGAGUUGUAUCUUCAACUUCUGAAGAGGAAGAAGCAUUUACUGAGAAAUUUCUUAAAAUUAAUUGCAAAUAUAUUACCAGGGGCAAGGGCACAGUCAGUGGUGUGCUGCUGGUUACACCAAAUAAUAUAAUGUUUGAUCCACAUAAAACUGACCCCUUGGUUCAAGAGAAUGGCUGUGAGGAAUAUGGCAUCAUGUGUCCAAUGGAAGAGGUGAUGUCAGCAGCAAUGUACAAAGAAAUUUUGGAUAGCAAAAUAAAGGAAUCCUUACCCAUAGAGAUAGAUCAGUUAUCAGGAAGGGACUUCUGCCAUUUAAAGAAAAUGACAAGAAGUAAUACUGAUGAAAUAGACUCAAGAAUCCGCGAUGCCGGUAAUGACAGUGCCAGCACUGCUCCUAGGAGCACCGAGGAGUCUCUUUCUGAAGACGUGUUCACAGAAUCAGAACUCUCACCUAUACGAGAAGAGCUUGUCUCUUCAGAUGAGCUGCGACAAGAUAAGUCAUCUGGUGCGUCAUCAGAAUCUGUGCAAACUGUCAGUCAGAGUGGAGUAGAAUGUUUGACAAUCAUAUCAGAAUCUACCAGUACUCCUGAUCACUUAAAAUCUGAUUCUGGACAGUCUACGAAUGAAGUUGGGACUCUUCCUCUUAAAACUGAUUUAAAUAACCUUGAAAUGGCCGCUAAGAAAGGAGAUAAGUCUACAGAUAAUUUGCAAGAAAUAUCAGAUUCUAAAGAACAAAGCACAAGUAUGCAAGGUAAUGCAGACCAGGAUUUUCUUCUUAAUGAGAAUUCACUACACCAAGAAGAGGGUGAAAAAGAAAGUAUGCCUUGUGGUAAAGCAACAGAAUUUAAACAAAAGCAAACUGUCAACAAAGGAAAACAAGGAAAGGAGCAAAAUCAGGACUCGGAGACAGAGGUAGAAGAGCUACGGAAACUCUGGAAAACCCAUACUAUGCAACAAACUAAACAGCAAAGGGAAAAUGUUCAACAGGUGUCACAAAAAGAAAUUAAGCAUAAAAUAGCCACUGCCGAUAUCGAAGGUUCUGCACUUUUAAAAGAAAAGAGAAGGCAUCGAUUACAUAAAUUCCUAUGUCUCAGAGUUGGAAAACCAAUGAGGAAAACAUUUGUAUCUCAAGCAAGUGCAACAAUGCAACAGUAUGCACAGAGGGAUAAGAAACAUGAAUAUUGGUUUGCGGUGCCACAAGAAAGGACAGACCACUUGUAUGCCUUCUUCAUUCAGUGGAGUCCAGAAAUAUAUGCAGAAGAUACUGGUGAAUAUACCAGAGAACCUGGAUUUAUAGUAGUAAAAAAGAUUGAAGAAUCUGAAACAAAUGAGGAUUCUACUAAUGAAGCAGCAGCCAGAGAAUGGGAGGUAGUGUCAGUGGCUGAGUAUCACCGCAGGAUCGAUGCUCUAAAUACUGAAGAACUGCGCACACUCUGCAGACGUCUCCAGAUUACUACAAGGGAAGACGUCAAUUCAAAGCAGCUUGCUCCAGUGAAAGCAGACCUGGAGUCUGAAUCUUUUCGACCAAACCUAAGUGAUCCCAGUGAACUCUUACUGCCAGAUCAAAUUGAAAAGCUUGCCAAGCAUCUUCCACCAAGGACAAUUGGCUAUCCAUGGACCCUUGUUUAUGGUACCGGGAAGCAUGGCACAAGCUUGAAGACUCUUUAUCGAACAAUGACAGGUUUAGACACCCCAGUGCUGAUGGUGAUUAAAGACAGUGAUGGGCAGGUUUUUGGUGCAUUAGCAUCUGAGCCAUUUAAAGUGAGUGAUGGCUUUUAUGGUACUGGAGAGACCUUUGUCUUUACAUUCUGUCCAGAGUUUGAGGUCUUUAAGUGGACAGGAGAUAAUCUGUUUUUUAUCAAAGGAGACAUGGAUUCACUAGCUUUUGGCGGUGGAGGAGGAGAAUUUGCCCUUUGGCUUGAUGGAGAUCUUUACCAUGGAAGAAGCCAUUCUUGUAAAACGUUUGGGAAUCAUACACUUUCUAAGAAGGAAGACUUCUUUAUCCAAGACAUCGAAAUCUGGGCUUUUGAAUAAAUAGAAUGCUCUCUGUCUUAGCAAAAUAAUGGCCCAAACCUGCCGUGGACAAGCAUUGUUUCGAAAGUUCAAGAAGCAAUACAAUGUAACAUGUCACUUGUGCUUUAAAAUUAGUUGGUAUCACCAUUUAUUACAGCUAUAAUUUUGGAAUUUAUUUUUUAAAUCAUGUUUAUGUCCCAGAGUUUUUUAGAUUUAGACCAUGGCCUGGGUCCAUGCAGUAUAACAGCCUGACUUUUGUCAGAGUUUUGGCAGCAUUUAGAUCAUAGUGACCAACUCAUCUACAAUCCAUGUUAUCUCAGUCUCCUGAUAGGAUGGUGCUCUUUUGUUGAAUCUAUUUUGGUUUAUUAUUUUUAAAACUAUAUUGAUUGUUUUACUAGAGCGGUCUGAUUGGGGCACUGAGGGAUUGAAGACUAGAUACUGCUGUAUCUGUGAGGUUGGCACAUGUGACCUUUGGACAUGCUCAGCUUAUUCGUAUGAAGGAAAAACAUACAUGCCAAAAUAAUGCGUACUUCAUAGACUGCUGAGUUCUAGUUUUAAUUCACACUACAACAUUCUCUUUAUUAAUUUUGCAGGUAUUCUCAGUUUCAUUUUAAUAAAAAUGAAACUCGAGGAGAAUUCUGGUUGUAAUAGACCACAACACACAUGAUCUGCAGGUUUGGGCAUAUGCUUUUAUCAUUGAAUCAUCUGAUAAAGAGUUAUAAAAUGACAAAGGAGAAUGAGAACUUGAUGAUUCUACUGAAUUUAAUGUCAAGCAAGAAAAUAUACUAUUUGCAUAUUUGUAGCUUAGCAGGGCAUUAUAAGUAUAAAAACUAUGAAACAGAUGCAUAUUUCUUCAACAUAUUGUGUCAGGUAUACUGUUUUAUAGUUCUGUUGUUUUAGCCUUGUUGCACACCAACUCCCAAAAUAUAGGUUCCUGUUCAAAAGGAAAAAAAAAUUUGUGAUUUUUUUGGGGUGGUGUAUGUUACUAAUUACCAUUAGCAUUUGCUGUUAUAAAAGGGCAGUGAUUAUAGUAGACAAUAUUGUAACUCAGUAGACUUGUUGAAUAUGCAAACUUACUGUCAAGUGACCUCAGAAAAAAAAAAAGAAAAGCUAGAAUAUACUAGUAGCUCUUAUCCUCUUUUGUAGGAAACCAAUAAUAAGCCAUUGUGGCAAUAAUUCAUCAGUUAAUUUCAAAGCUUCAUGUUAUGCACACACACACAAAAAAAAUCCUGCUGUUAUACGUGUGACAGUGACCUUGUGCUGAAAUUUCAGCUAUUCCAGAUAAACAUUGUAUAUUAUCUUGUAAAUUAAUGUUUAAAGGUAGUUUUGUUCUUAUAGAAAGUGUUGAUUGCCAGGUUGCUUAUAGCACUUUAAAUUAUUCUAAAAGUGAAAUAUAAGCCAAAUAUGUUGGCUACAGUAGUUUUAGUUGUAUAGCACUUGAAUAUAUUUAGACAUUUUGAAAGUUUAGAUAACUAUAUAAAGAAAUCAUAAUGCUAAUGGAAAAGAAAAUCUGAUGUUCUAUUUAAUAUGCUAUUGCUGAAUAUGCAUAGAAAUGCAGGGCAUCAUUUCCUUGUCUAUGUAAAGCUCUCUCAUUAUAAGUUAGUAACAGUAUAUAGAUUACAUGUUUACAAUAUAUAGGGAAUUGUAAAUAACUAUAUCAGUUUUUUUCCCCUUUGGUCUUCCGCAGCAGUAUUAUUGUCUUUGUGGAGUUGACGAAUCAUAAAAAAAAAAAAAUCCUGUAUUGGGUUUCAAUUACAAUAAGGUUAUAGUGGUGUAUACCAAAUAAAAAUAAAUAUAUAAA